GGCCCCGCCGCCCGAGCAGGCAGCGCGCGGGCCGGCGGGCCCGAGGCCGGAGCCAUGGGCGAGACCAAGAUCAUCUACCACCUGGACGGGCAGGAGACGCCGUACCUGGUGAAGCUGCCCCUGCCCGCCGAGCGCGUCACCUUGGCGGACUUUAAGGGCGUUCUGCAGCGACCCAGCUAUAAGUUCUUCUUCAAAUCUAUGGACGACGAUUUCGGAGUGGUGAAGGAGGAGAUCUCGGACGACAAUGCCAAGUUGCCCUGCUUCAAUGGCCGGGUGGUGUCCUGGCUGGUGUCGGCUGAGGGCUCACACCCAGAGCCAGCUCCCUUCUGUGCUGACAACCCAUCGGAACUGCCACCGCCCAUGGAGCGCACAGGAGGCAUUGGGGACUCCCGGCCCCCAUCCUUCCACCCUCAUGCUGGUGGGGGCAGCCAGGAGAACCUGGACAAUGACACAGAGACUGACUCCUUGGUGUCUGCCCAGCGAGAGCGGCCACGACGGAGGGAUGGCCCAGAGCACACAACCCGGCUAAAUGGAACUGCAAAGGGGGAGCGGCGGCGAGAGCCAGGGGGCUAUGACAGCUCAUCCACCCUUAUGAGCAGCGAGUUGGAAACCACCAGCUUCUUUGAUUCAGAUGAGGAUGACUCCACCAGCAGGUUCAGUAGCUCCACAGAGCAGAGCAGCGCCUCACGCCUCAUGAGAAGACACAAGCGGCGGCGGCGGAAGCAGAAGGUUUCGCGGAUUGAGAGGUCCUCGUCCUUCAGCAGCAUCACGGACUCCACCAUGUCACUCAACAUCAUCACGGUCACUCUCAACAUGGAAAAGUAUAACUUCUUGGGUAUCUCCAUUGUGGGCCAAAGCAACGAGCGUGGUGACGGAGGCAUCUACAUUGGCUCUAUCAUGAAGGGGGGGGCCGUGGCUGCUGAUGGACGCAUCGAGCCAGGAGAUAUGCUGUUACAGGUAAACGAGAUCAACUUUGAGAACAUGAGUAAUGACGACGCGGUCCGGGUACUGCGGGAGAUCGUGCACAAACCAGGGCCCAUCACCUUGACUGUAGCCAAGUGCUGGGACCCAAGUCCACGUGGGUGCUUCACACUGCCCAGGAGCGAGCCCAUCCGGCCCAUUGACCCCGCGGCCUGGGUCUCCCACACUGCAGCCAUGACCGGCACCUUCCCUGCCUACGGCAUGAGCCCCUCCCUGAGCACCAUCACCUCCACCAGCUCCUCCAUCACCAGUUCCAUCCCUGACACAGAGCGCCUAGACGACUUCCACCUGUCCAUCCACAGUGACAUGGCCGCCAUCGUAAAAGCCAUGGCCUCCCCUGAAUCUGGGCUGGAGGUCCGUGACAGGAUGUGGCUCAAGAUUACCAUCCCCAAUGCUUUCAUCGGCUCGGAUGUGGUGGACUGGCUGUACCACAACGUGGAAGGCUUCACUGACCGGCGAGAGGCCCGCAAAUACGCCAGCAACCUGCUGAAGGCCGGCUUCAUCCGCCACACUGUCAACAAGAUCACCUUCUCUGAGCAGUGCUACUACAUCUUCGGCGACCUCUGUGGCAACAUGGCCAACCUCUCCCUCCACGAUCAUGAUGGCUCCAGCGGCGCCUCCGACCAGGACACGCUGGCCCCUCUGCCGCACCCAGGGGCUGCCCCUUGGCCCAUGGCUUUCCCUUACCAAUACCCGCCGCCCCCGCACCCCUACAACCCGCACCCAGGCUUCCCCGAGCUGGGGUACAGCUAUGGCGGGGGCAGCGCCAGCAGUCAGCACAGUGAAGGCAGCCGGAGCAGUGGCUCCAACCGUAGCGGCAGGGACCGGCGGAAGGAGAAGGACCCGAAGACCGGGGACUCGAAGUCGGGCGGCAGCGGCAGCGAGUCGGACCACACGACCCGCAGCAGCCUGCGGGGGGCGCGGGAGCGGGCGCCCAGCGAGCGCUCGGGUCCUGCCGCCAGCGAGCACAGCCACCGCAGCCACCACUCGCUGGCCAGCAGCCUGCGCAGCCAUCACACGCACCCGAGCUACGGCCCCCCCGGGGUGCCCCCUCUCUACGGCCCCCCCAUGCUGAUGAUGCCCCCACCGCCUGCGGCCAUGGGGCCCCCGGGAGCCCCUCCGGGCCGUGACCUGGCCUCCGUGCCCCCUGAACUGACCGCCAGCAGACAGUCCUUCCGCAUGGCCAUGGGAAACCCCAGUGAGUUCUUUGUGGAUGUGAUGUGAGCAGGGCCCCUUCCCCACUUCCAUCCCACCCCGCCCCGGGCAGGCCGCGUCCCUCUCUCCGUCCAUCUUUUUUACUUUGGUACCUGAAAGGGAAAUAAAUGGAACUAAAUCCAGGCCCGCUAACCGCUCGCUGGGUGCAGCGAGGGCAGGGUGCACCUGAUCGCCACUGCAGCCCC